GGGAGCACUGCUUGGUUUUUAGAUAAAGAAAACCUUGCUGACCGCGGGCAGUUCCAUUCCACCCCCUUAAUUCGGGCCAGGGCCCUUUCCAGUUUUUACUCUCAGGCAAAAUACCUCGAGAAAACACACACACAAACACACACUCUGCCUGCACUUUAUUCUCUUCAAAAUUCGAUACUUUGCCCUGUACUCAGAACGAGGUUUUGAGAAGAGAACACUUUCUUUUUCCCUUAAAACAAAUGGCCAUAUUUCUACAUUAUGUCUACUGGUGAAUUGAUAAUCCAUUCUGCAUUGUCCUGUUUCUGUAUAGAAUCUAAUAGUCUUCUUUGUUACUUUUUCACAUAGCAAAAUUUCCAACUUUUCUUUUGUGGAUUUUUCUUGAUUCUUAAAAUCCAGAAAUCAGAAUGCCAAAAAACUUUAAUUUACUUCCAUUUCUCUGGUGUCUUCUCUUCAUUAGUUGAAAUACCCAGAAGGGAUUUCCCCUUUUUCUUUUCAAUUCCUGAGAGAUAUCAAGAAAUUUUAUUGGUAGUUGUUUAUAUAUGAAUUAGUGAAACAAUGAGAAAUGAGAGCUCCAAGAGAAGCAAGCUUUCUUGGCCUAAAACACUGGUGAAGAAAUGGUUCAAUGUCAAGAGCAAGGCUGAGGAUUUUCAUGCUGAUGACAUCAUUUAUGGAAGUGUUAAUGAAGAAUGGAGGAACAAUUUCUCAGAGAGGGAGGCAUGCACUAUCAAGAAAAGUAUAGCAGAGAAAUCGGGUAAACGGAUUUCUGAUCGUGUCCAACGAAGUAAGAUUGACCUUGAUGCCUCCCAAAUCACAGAUGUGAACAACUACAAGAUCUUUGUGGCAACAUGGAAUGUGGCUGGAAAAUCUCCACCCAAUUAUUUGAAUCUUGAAGAGUGGCUACACAACUCACCUCCUGCUGAUCUUUAUGUUCUUGGGUUUCAAGAAAUUGUUCCUUUAAAUGCUGGUAAUGUCUUGGGAACCGAAGAUAAUGGUCCAGCUAGAAAAUGGUUAGCACUUAUUAGGAAAACCCUAAACAGUCUUCCAGGCAACUUUGGUGGCUAUCGUACACCUUCACCAGUUCCAGAUCCAAUUGUUGAACUAGACGCUGACUUUGAAGGAACAAAUAGAGAAAAAGCUUCCUCUUUCUUUCAACGUCCUUCAUUCCAAUCAUUGAGCCGUAGUAUGAGAAUGUUGGAUUGUGACGUGUCAAUGCCACAGCCUAGACUAGAUCGUCGAUUUAGUGUUUGCGAUAGUCGAUAUAGUGUUUGCGAUAGGGUAAUAUUUGGAGAUAGACUGACUGACUAUGAUCCCAAUGUGGGAUGGGCUGGUUCAUCUGAUGAUGAAAAUGGGCUGGAUGAUUCACAUUAUAUCACGCAGUACUCAACAAAUUUGUACGGUGGUUCUGUCCCGAUGGAGGAAGGGGACAGACAACCCGGGCAGUCUAGGUAUUGUUUGGUUGCGAGUAAGCAGAUGGUUGGGAUUUUUCUGACGGUAUGGAUAAAGAGUGAUCUGAGAGAUGCUGUUCGAAAUCUAAAGGUUUCUUGUGUUGGCAGAGGAUUGAUGGGUUAUCUUGGAAAUAAGGGUUCAAUUUCAAUUAGCAUGUCUUUGCAUCAAACGAGCUUCUGCUUCAUCUGUAGUCAUCUAACCUCUGGAGAGAAGGAUGGCGACGAGUUGAGGAGGAAUUCCGAUGUUAUGGAAAUUUUGAGGAAAACAAGGUUUCCACAAGUUCAUGGAACAGGGGAUCAGAACUCCCCCCAAACAAUCCUUGAGCAUGAUCGAAUUAUAUGGCUUGGGGACUUGAAUUAUCGAAUAGCCCUCUCUUAUCGAUGUGCAAAAGCUCUCGUGGAGAAGCGUAAUUGGAGAGCUUUGUUAGAAAAUGACCAGCUUCGGAUAGAGCAGAUAGAGGGACGUGUUUUUGCUGGGUGGAAUGAAGGAAGAAUAUACUUCCCACCAACAUACAAGUAUUCAAAUAAUUCCGACAGAUACGCUGGGGAGAAUAUGCACCCAAAAGAGAAACGAAGGACACCUGCAUGGUGUGAUCGGAUAUUGUGGCAUGGUCGAGGUCUUCAUCAACUAUCGUAUGUCCGAGGAGAGUCUAGGUUCUCAGAUCAUAGACCAGUUUACGGUAUAUUUUUGGCUGAAGUUGAGUCUAUUAACCGUAGCCGAUUCAAGAAAAGCACGAGUUAUUCCAGCUCUAGGAUUGAGGUUGAAGAGUUGCUUCCUUACUCGUGUGGAUACGAUGAACUAAAUUUCUACUGAGAAUGUAUCCGCAAUUGAGGACUUAAAUGUUGGACCUUAUCAACAAACACGAGAAAAGGGACUGCUGAGCAAGACAUAACAAGGGUUGGUCAUUGGCAUGAACAGCUUUGUAUUUGGUUCAAUCAGAGUGAUCCUCCAAUAACUCAG